AUGCCUACUGCACCAGUACGACUACCAUCUUUGGCCAUCGGCACCAUCUUCGCCGCGCUUGACGCGCUGGAAUUAUUGGGUGAGGAUCCCCGGAAUGCAAGGCAUCAGGGCGCCAUGGUCCUCGCCUCCAUCAUGGAGUUUGCCGGCGCCGUCGGCGUGGGUGCUCGUGUCGCCGACACCAUCCGUACCAAGAUUGUCGAUACCUCGCUUUUUGCUGAGGUUCCGGAACUUCUCAUGCUCGGAAAUGGUCUGCGCCGUCGUCGCCUCGUCCAUCUACCUAACCUUCGCCACAAGAAUCGGCAUGCCUGUGUCGACCACCCAUUCUAUUCUCGGUGGUGUCAUCGGCAUGGGUGUUGCGUCCGUCGGUGCCCACCGGUGUCCCAAUGGGUCAGCCCCGAGGGCAACAUCAACUCCGGCGUGGUGCAGGUGUUCCUUGCCUGGAUCAUCGCCCCCGGCCUUUCGGGCGCUUCGCGGCCAUCCUCUUCUUGGUCACCAAGUACACCGUCAUGGUUGCCGGGUACCAUUGUCGGUGUCGGUGCCGCCUUUGCGCUCCUGAUCGGCGUCACCCUCACGCCCUGGAUGUACCGCGUCGUCAUCAAGGAAGACUGGCAGCUCCGCUGGUACCACAUCCCGAUGGGCCUUCUCCUGCUCCGCCGUGGUGAGGUCCCGCCCCCGCCUGCGGAUGUCGACGUUGGCGUCAAGGAUUACUACGAGGGCCGCCUUACCAAGGAGCAGCUCGACGCUCGCAACGCUGCUGAGCGCGGCGACGUCGAGGUUGUCGGCGAUUCCAACCCAGAGAAGACCAAGAACGCCGACGGUUCCGAUGCCGGUUCGACCGAGCGCCCCACCCCGAGCCCCCUGGCCAACAUCACCAAGGCCCCGAAGUCUCUCGUUGGCCCCAAGCCCGAGGGCAAGUGGUACCAAGGCAACGUCCUCUUCUGGUAUUUCAAGUGGGCCCUCCUGCGCGGUAUCGACCAGGAUGUCGUCAACGCCCAGAGCACGCACAACAAGCUCGCCAGCAACCUUGACGAGGUGCACGCCCACGCCCAGCACUUCGACAACAAGACCGAGUAUAUGUACAGCUUCCUCCAGAUCAUGACUGCCGCCACCGCCUCCUUCGUCCACGGAGCCAACGACAUUGCCAACGCCAUUGGCCCCUACGCCAAGCUCCCUGUCUCCACCACUCAGUGCAUCACUGGUGCCACCGUCGGCGUCGGUCUCUGCUCCGGCACAUGGCGCACCGUCAACUGGCGCAUGGUCGCCUGGAUCUACCUCGGCUGGAUCAUCACCCUCCCCGUCACCGGUAUCAUUUCGGGCUGCUUGAUGGGCAUCAUCAUCAACGCUCCUCGCUGGGGCAUGCCGACGACGAACUAG